ACGGAUAAUGCAACUGCAUGGCUUCGAAUGGGUGCAUGUCAUCGUGAAUUAGGAAAUUUGCAAAGUGCUGUAGAAUUUUAUAAAGCGGCGGUGGAAGAAUUACCUGAUGAUUUGGAUGCUAAAAUGGCUCUUGCUGAAGUAUACGAAGGAUUAGGUGAAAAUGAAAGGGCACUUGAAAUGGUUAAUUUAGUUCUCGAGCAUCGUAAAUCUAAAAGAGCGACGGAUGAAACAAUAAAAUCACAACAGACAUCAACUGCGCAAAAUAGCCCUCCUGCUCUUGACAUCUAUGAUGUUCCCUCAACAUUUCCGCCAAGCGUUGAUUCAUCUCUAAUUCAUGAAUUGGAAGAAACGAAAGCUAACGCUUUCCAAAGAACACAGGAAGAACAUAAAAGACAACAAGCUGAAAAGAAAAGGAGACAAAAAUUCAAUUUCAUAGGCUUGAAUUAUUAUAUACUCAUGAUUCCAUAUAAAGGCUUUGAUCGUCGUAGAUGUUGGAGGAAACAAAUGGCAUUGAGGGCGGAAGCUGCUGAUGAUGAUGAUGCAGAUCUUGAAGAACAAGCAACCACAAUGGCUAAGCGAUUACAAUGGCAAAUUGAUGGUGAAAUUGGUGAAUUGGAAGCCGAAAUACAUAAAAAAAUGACAGAGUUCCAGGGUCUAACAUUUGCGCAAUGGUUCGACUUUUCCAUAAGGUAUAUUUUUAUUGCCACUACAUACGGUUAUGAACAAGAAGCUUUUGAUGUUCUCCGAACAGUUUCUAGAGCCAAUGUUUUCUAUCAUAAUAGUAAAUAUAAAACUGGGUUUAAGCUAUUAUUGCUAGCUUGGGGGCUUUACACUCGCAACUUUUUAGUUGUAUGUGAAAGCACAAGAUGGUUAUGCAAUUUAAAGCCAUUUGAUAACAGAGUUUAUAGAUUAUAUGGAGCAGGCAUGGCUAGUGGCUCAAAUGCUUUAUCAUGUUUUGCAUCAGCAAAUUCGCAGAAAUAUUUUUUACGUCAAGUUAAAUCAAUGGAUAAUGUCAGUGCUUCUGGAGACAAAAAAGCAAAUGCUCCGGAAAAACCUAACGAUGCUUUAUUAGCUCUUUACGGUCAUAUAUUAGCAAGUGCCAGGAGUUAUAUUGGUGCUAUUGGUUAUUAUGCACGUGCUUAUGCUGAAAACCCAAAAGACCCCGUAAUUAGUUUAUCUAUCGGACUUGCGUACUUGCAUCGGGCGAUGCAGAGACAAACCGAUAAUAGGCAUCUGCAGAUUAUGCAGGGCUUUACAUUCUUGUAUAAUUAUUAUGAGUUGAAAGCUCGUAACCAAGAAGCAGAAUAUAAUCUUGGAAGGGCAUUUCAUCAAUUAGGCUUAACGCAUUUAGCAGUGCCUCAUUAUAAAAAAGCACUUGAACUGCCAUCUUUACAAAAAGUUCUUAUAGAACAGGAAAAGGGGAAUAAUCAUAUAAGCAAAAUUAUUGAUGAUGAAGAUGAUCCAACAGACUUGAAAAAAGAAGCUGCAUACAAUUUAUCUCUUAUCUGCAUUGAAAGCGGUUCCGUUGGAUUAGCUGCUAAUCUUCUGAAAAAGUACUGUACUAUAUGA